CAGAGAGUGAGGAAGAGGACGACAAUGAGAUGGAAGUUGAAGAUCAAGACAGUAAAGAUGCUGAAAAGCCAAACAUCAUUAAUUUUGAUACCAGUUUGCCAACAUCUCACGCGUAUUUGGGCUCUGACAUGGAGGAGUUCCACGGAAGGACAGUCCACGAUGAUGACAGCUGUCAGGUGAUCCCAGUGUUGCCCCACGUGAUGGUGAUGUUGAUUCCUGGACAGACCUUACCUCUCCAGCUCUUUCACCCCCAAGAGGUUAGCAUGGUGCGGAAUUUAAUUCAGAAAGACAGAACGUUUGCUGUUCUUGCCUACAGUAACCUACGUGAGAGGAAAGCACAUUUUGGAACAACAGCAGAAAUAUAUGCCUACAGAGAAGAGCAGGAAUAUGGAAUUGAAACAGUCAAAGUGAAAGCAAUAGGAAGACAGAGGUUCAAGGUGCUUGAAAUAAGAACCCAGUCAGAUGGAAUCCAGCAGGCUAAAGUACAAAUCCUUCCUGAGCGAGUGCUGCCUCCCACCAUGGCAGCAGUGCAGCUGCAGUCCCUCAGCAGGUGCCACCUGGUGCCCUCCUCCAAGCCCAGGGCCUGGCAGGACCGCGCCAUACGCCAGUGGUGGCACAAGUACCAAAAGAGGAAGUUCCACUGUGCAAGUUUGACAUCUUGGCCUCCCUGGCUCUACUCUCUGUAUGAUGCUGAAACCUUGAUGGAAAGAGUCAAGAGGCAGCUACAUGAAUGGGAUGAAAACCUUAAAGAUGAAUCUCUUCCAACAAACCCAAUAGACUUCUCGUACCGCGUUGCCGCCUGCCUGCCCAUCGACGACGCGCUGCGCAUCCAGCUGCUGGAGAUAGGCAGUGCUGUCCAGAGGCUGCGCUGUGAGCUGGACAUCAUGAACAAGUGUACAUCACUUUGUUGUAAGCAAUGCCAAGACACAGAAAUAACUACCAAGAAUGAAAUAUUCAGUUUAUCCUUGUGUGGACCCAUGGCAGCCUAUGUGAAUCCUCAUGGCUACAUCCAUGAAACCCUCACUGUAUAUAAAGCCUGCAACUUGAAUCUCAGUGGACGGCCAUCAACAGAGCACAGCUGGUUUCCUGGGUACGCCUGGACUAUAGCCCAGUGCAGGAUCUGUGGCAACCACAUGGGCUGGAAGUUCACGGCCACCAGGAAGGAUCUGUCCCCCCCAAAGUUCUGGGGCCUGACGCGCUCGGCGCUGCUGCCGCGCAUCCCGGAGGCGGAGGACGACUCGGGCCCUGACAGAUCUCCCCUGCUCUGCCUGUGA